CAGCAAAGAUGGAGCCCCCAAAAAACGGCGCCAUAAGAAGGAUGAUGAGUUAUACAUUACAAUAAUAAAGUUGGAGUUAGAAGACGAAAAAUACAAUGGACAAUGCUAUCGCACAUUGUGUUUAUUGAGCCGUAAACAAAUUCCUCAAGUUCCAUCCACCACAUUAUUUUUUCAUUCCAAUGCCAAAAUUUUAAAUCUAUUUCCUUAUUCAAAGCCAAUCAAAAUUGAGUUGGAAAAGUUGGAAAUGCUUUUCAAAUUUACGCUUUGUUUAUUUACUUCCAUAGUAAAUAAAGAGUUUGUAUGUGAUAUUGAUAAGUUUUCAUAUCUAGUCGCCCCACUUACUCAAUAUGCGCCAAUUCACGAAAAUUCCUUUGAUUUUAUUGACUGGUAUGAAGUUGAGAAAGCAAUAACACACAAACAUUUAAAAGUUGAACUGGAUGAUAUGUCAAAGUUGGAGGAUGCCGUUAUAAUUGAUUACUCUGAUAACCUAAGACAUUAUUUUGUACAAUCAAUCUGUUAUGAUCUAAACCCAUUAUCACCAAUACCACAAGGAAUGGCCAUAAGAGAAAAGGGUUGUCAAAAUUUUGGUGAAUUUUAUAAAAAAACAUUUGAACUUGAAGUAGAAAAUCUUGAUCAACCAUUAAUUAAAGUUAAAAAAAUUUCAAGAGUCAUGAAUUUCUUACAACCCAUACCCGGUGCACUUCCUAUAUUAAAAGGAAGAACAGCAACAUACGUAAUACCAGAAUUUUGCAAAGAAUAUUCGAUCAAAGCUUCAGUGUUUAGGUCUGCGCUUUUAUUACCAUCCAUAUUUACAAGGUUGGAUUCACAACUUUUGGCAUUAGAAUUAAAACAUAGAUUGGAUCUACCUAUUGAUGAUGAAUAUAUGCUAUCGGCAUUAACUACAAUAUCUGCAAAUAUGGAAAUGAAUUAUGAACGCCUUGAGAUUCUUGGUGAUUCAUUUUUAAAAUUUUGCGUAACUGUUAGAUUAUAUGUUUCAUUUCCUGAAAAACAUAAAGGUCAACUUCAUAAUCAACGUGUUGAAAUAAUUUGCAACAAGACACUUUGUAGAAGUGCAAAAAAACUACAUCUAUAUGAACAUAUAAAUUCCUUGCCUUUUAAUUGUAGAGCAUGGAGACCUGCAAAUAUGAUAACCAUUACUGAUGACCCAGAAAAUUCAAAAAAAAAUAAAGUUCAUGAUUUAGCAGAUAAAACACUUGCUGAUGUGGUAGAAGCCCUUUUAGGAGCAGCAUAUUUGACUGGGGAGGAACAAGCAGGACUUAAAUGUGCUAGGGCAUUGGAAGUUCCAUUUGAUGAUAUUACUGAAUGGGAACAGUUUUAUGAGAGGAAUAAAAACCUACCACAUGUAUCUCUUAAGGAUCAUAAAAAUGUAGAUUUUAAGAGGAUUGAGGAAAUUUGUGAUUACACUUUUAAUCAUAAGCACUUAAUUGCUGAAGCACUCACACAUGCCAGUUUACCCAAUUCUACAACUUUGUGUUAUCAUCGUCUUGAAUUUCUAGGAAAUGCUAUAUUAGAUUUCUUGACAGUAAAGUAUAUAUAUGAAAAAUAUCCAGAUAGUUCACCGGGAAUAAUUACAGUCCUAAAAGAUGCAUCGGUUAAUAAGAAAAUUCUUGGGGCCAUUUGUGAAGUAGUUGGACUCCAAAAACAUAUCAUUCAUUUUUCAGCAAAAUUAUUAAGUGCCAUUACAAAUUUUUCAUCUAUAGUUGAAGAUAUGAGAGAAAAAAAUGAAGAUCAUGGUGAAUAUUGGAGCGACUUGGAAGUUCCCAAGGUUAUGAGUGAUGUGAUAGAAAGUAUGCUAGGUGCUAUAUUUGUAGACUCAAUGUUUGAUCCUAAGGCUUCUCAAAAACUUUUUGAUUUAUGGAUCAAGCCAGUUUUGAGUAAACAUGUUACUCCUGAUACAUUGAAAGUACAUCCGGUGAAAAAACUUACAGAAAUAAUGCAAAAGCAUGGAUGUGCUCAAUUUUUGUUAAGGAAUAUUAUGACAGAAAACACAGAAAUGGAAAGUCAACAGUGUACAAUAUUUGUUCAUGAUACUGUAGUUGGACAUGCAAGUUCCAUGAGUAAUAUGCAAGCAGCAAGAAAAUUGGCAGCACAAGUUGUUCUAGAAAAAAUUGAGAAAAAUGAGACAUACCUUGAUUCU